GUGAUCUGUCUGUAGGCAGUGAAUUCAUUCUUUGAUUAGAAUAGACAAAAGUUGUCAGUCAUACUUUUUUUGUCUCUAAAGUUCAUAUAAUGACUGGACUGAAUAGCAGUUAAAGUUGGUUGAAUAUAUGCCUUCCAAUCCUCUAAAUGUUCUUUAAAUCUUAUCUGCAGUUCAGAACGUAACCUUGAUGUGCUUUAAACACGAUUACGAAGGCCAACAUGUUUUUCAGACAUGUACUGUAGGAACAGCAUGUGAAGCAACAUAUGGUGCCGACUGAUUUCAAACCGCACGCUUCGCUCCAGCUCUCCCAGAUGUUUUAAAACCUGCUCAAGUAUUUACAGUAUUCCAUAAUUAGAGUUGUUCUAAUUUUUUUUAGAAAAUAUUUUUUUAUCAAUAGUUUUCAUGUUGAACUUGGAGAAAGUUCAGCUCAGCCAGCAGGAAAAUGCUUCGGACUCGCUUGAACUUUUGGGGCUGUUGGAUCACGUGGUGGAUGAAUACUUGAGCACACAGUGUGAGUGUGAAGCCAACACAACAGUGUUUCACUGUCACAGUCGGAAAGACAGCAGACGCACGAGACACAAAACACAAGCCAAGAGAAAAUUACUCAUCACAUCUCUCGUGUGUCUGAUCUUCAUGAUCGGUGAAGUUAUUGGUGGUUAUGCUGCUCACAGUCUGGCUAUAAUGACAGACGCUGCUCAUCUUCUCACUGAUCUCUGCAGUAUUUUAUUAAGUCUCUUCUCACUGUGGAUCUCCUCCAGACCUUCGACCAAACGUCUGACCUUUGGAUGGCAUCGAUCAGAGGUUUUAGGUGCCCUGUUGUCUGUUGUGUCUAUCUGGGCCGUGACGAUAGUUCUCGUUCUGUUGGCUGUUCAGAGGAUCAUCAGCGAUGAUUAUGACAUAGACAGUGAUGUCAUGCUUAUCACAGCUGGAUGUGCUGUAGUACUGAACAUCACAUUGGUUUUAAUUCUCCAUCAGUCUCAUCAUGGUCAUUCUGAUGGUUUGACAGAAGAACACAGAAACACGAGCGUGAGAGCAGCGUUCAUACACACACUCGGAGAUCUGCUGCAGAGUUUUGGUGUGCUCGUGGCUGCCACCAUCAUUUACUUUCAGCCUGAAUGGAAAAUGGCAGAUCCUGUAUGUACGUUUCUCUUCUCCUUAUUUGUACUUGGGACGACGUUCACCAUUCUGAAAGAUAUCUUCCACACACUCAUGGAAGGAGUCCCUCCUGGCGUUGACAUCAACUCCAUCAAAGAACUUUUGUUAUCGGUUGGAGGCGUCGAAUCCACGCACGAUCUGCACGUGUGGUCACUCACAUCGAGUGAAACCCAGCUUACUGUGCAUGCUGUCAUAGAUGAGCAAACAGACCCACAGACCGUACUGAUGGACAUGAACAAACUACUCCGGUCAGAAUACGGAUUCGACAAUAUCACCAUUCAAACAGAAACAUACAGAGAUGACCGGAGUUAUUGCUCGCAGUGCCAUGACCUAAAAGACUGACAGAAGUUUAGUUUUACUUCAUGUGAAUACAAUAAUGACGAAAUACAAAAAAAAUUGAAAAGAGUUUCAUUCUUCUACCGAACACAAAAGAAGAUAUUUUGAAGAAUGUCGAUAGCCAAACAUCACUGAACCCCACUUAAUUCAAUUGUAUGAACACAAAACCACUGAGACAUUUCUCAAAAUAUCUUCUUUUGUGUUCUACUGAACAUGUACAAGUUUUGAUUGCCAUGAGGGUGAACGACAGAAUCUUUUCAAAUGAUAAAACAUUUGUUACAUUUUUAAAGAUGACGAGUAAAGACCUUUGAAAGAAAGUAGACACUUUCUCAAAAUCACAAUUAUUGAUAAACAA